AGAGAAAAAAGAAAGAGGAAACAAACCCAGAGACUUAUAGCUGGGAUUACCUUUCUGACACCUGUCACAACUGAUGUCCUCUCGAGGAUGGAGGACGAGGCAGUACUGGAUAGAGGAGCUUCCUUCCUUAAACAUGUAUGUGACGAAGAAGAAGUGGAAGGUCAUCACACCAUCUACAUUGGGGUCCACGUGCCAAAGAGCUAUAGGAGAAGGAGGCGUCACAGAAGAAGACCUGGGCACAAAGAAAAGAAAGAAAAGGAGAAAAUCUCUGAGAACUACUCUGACAAAUCGGAUGUAGAAAACGCUGAUGAGACAAGCAGCAGCAUCCUUAAACCACUCAUCUCCCCUGCGGCCGAACGCAUCCGCUUCAUCCUCGGAGAGGAAGAUGACAGCCCAGCACCCCCCCAGCUCUUCACGGAGCUGGAUGAACUUCUGGCUAUCGAUGGACAAGAGAUGGAAUGGAAGGAGACUGCAAGGUGGAUCAAGUUUGAGGAGAAGGUGGAACAAGGCGGAGAGCGAUGGAGCAAACCUCACGUGGCCACCUUGUCCCUGCACAGCUUGUUUGAGCUAAGGACAUGUAUAGAGAAAGGUUCCAUAAUGCUGGAUAUAGAGGCCACUUCUCUCCCGCAGGUGGUGGAAAUGAUUGUUGACAAUCAGAUUGAGACGGGACUUUUGAAACCAGAGCUGAAGGACAAAGUCACCUACACACUACUCAGGAAGCACCGGCACCAGACCAAGAAGUCCAACCUGCGUUCCCUGGCUGACAUUGGAAAGACCGUCUCCAGUGCAAGUAGGAUGUUUACCAACCCCGAUAAUGGCAGCCCAGCCAUGACUCACAGAAACCUGACUUCCACCAGUCUGAAUGACAUCUCUGACAAGCCUGAGAAAGAUCAGCUGAAGAAUAAAUUCAUGAAGAAGUUACCCCGUGAUGCUGAGGCCUCCAAUGUGCUGGUGGGGGAGGUGGACUUCCUGGAGGGCCCUUUCAUUGCCUUCGUCCGGCUGCAGCAGGCCGUCAUGUUGGGUGCUCUGACUGAAGUCCCCGUACCUACCCGGUUUCUCUUCAUUCUCCUGGGACCGAAGGGCAAAGCAAAGUCCUAUCACGAGAUUGGCCGAGCCAUCGCCACUCUGAUGUCGGAUGAGGUUUUCCAUGACAUUGCUUAUAAAGCCAAGGACCGGCAGGACCUGAUUGCUGGCAUUGAUGAGUUUCUGGAUGAAGUCAUAGUUCUCCCUCCUGGGGAAUGGGACCCAGCCAUUAGGAUAGAGCCCCCCAAGUCUCUUCCUUCUUCAGAUAAAAGGAAAAACAUGUACUCUGGUGGAGAGAACCUCCAGAUGAAUGGAGACACACCUCAUGAUGGAGGCCAUGGCGGCGGGGGCCAUGGGGACUGUGAAGAACUGCAGCGAACAGGGAGAUUCUGUGGUGGCUUAAUCAAAGACAUCAAGAGGAAAGCACCAUUCUUUGCCAGCGAUUUCUACGAUGCUUUAAAUAUCCAAGCCCUCUCAGCCAUUCUCUUCAUCUACCUGGCCACAGUGACCAACGCCAUCACGUUUGGAGGACUGCUUGGGGAUGCUACAGAAAACAUGCAGGGUGUCUUGGAAAGCUUUCUGGGCACAGCUGUCACCGGUGCCAUAUUUUGCCUUUUUGCUGGUCAACCUCUCACAAUCCUGAGCAGCACGGGACCUGUGCUCGUCUUUGAACGGCUCCUCUUUAAUUUCAGCAAAGACAAUGAUUUUGACUACCUGGAGUUUCGUCUCUGGAUUGGCCUGUGGUCAGCCUUCCAGUGUCUCGUCCUUGUCGCUACCGACGCCAGCUUCCUGGUCAAGUACUUCACUCGCUUCACCGAAGAAGGCUUUUCCUCCCUUAUUAGCUUCAUCUUCAUUUAUGAUGCUUUCAAGAAAAUGAUCAAGCUGGCAGAUCAUUACCCCAUCAACUCUGAGUUCAAGGUGGAUUAUAUCACGCAUUACUCUUGUGCCUGUGAAUCAUUAGAUCCAGUUAAUAGCUCAUUAUUUAAUGGGACUACGGUGCCGUCAGCUGGUGAGCUGUUCUCUUCCUCUGCUGGGAUGUACAACUCCACCAUUGAUUGGUCGUCUCUGACAAUGAAGGAGUGCUUGAAAUACGGAGGACGACUUGUGGGCAACAACUGUGGAUUUGUCCCUGACAUCACCCUCAUGUCUUUCAUCCUCUUUUUUGGCACUUACACCUGUUCCAUGGCCCUGAAGAAAUUCAAGACUAGUCGCUAUUUUCCAACCACUGCCCGGAAGCUCAUCAGUGACUUUGCCAUUAUCUUGUCCAUUUUGAUUUUCUGUGGAAUAGAUGCCCUGGUAGGUGUGGACACACCAAAACUAAUUGUGCCAAGUGAAUUCAAGCCAACCAGUCCUGAGAGGGGUUGGUUUAUCCCACCUUUUGGAGGGAACCCAUGGUGGGUCUACCUGGCUGCAGCCAUCCCUGCACUGCUGGUGACCAUCCUCAUCUUCAUGGACCAGCAGAUCACAGCUGUCAUUGUCAACAGGAAGGAGCACAAGCUCAAGAAAGGUGCUGGGUAUCAUCUGGAUUUGUUCUGGGUGGCCAUCCUGAUGAUCGUAUGCUCUUUUAUGGGCCUGCCCUGGUACGUUGCUGCUACCGUGAUCUCCAUUGCUCAUAUUGACAGCUUGAAGAUGGAGACAGAAACUUCAGCCCCUGGAGAGCAGCCCAAGUUUUUGGGAGUGAGGGAGCAGAGGGUCACUGGAAUUAUCGUUUUCAUUCUGACUGGUGUGUCUGUCUUUAUGGCUCCCAUCCUCAAGUUCAUCCCCAUGCCCGUGCUCUACGGCGUCUUCCUCUACAUGGGCGUCGCCUCCCUCAACGGUGUGCAGUUCAUGGACCGUCUGAAGCUGCUCUUGAUGCCUCUGAAACACCAGCCUGACUUCAUCUACCUGCGCCAUGUCCCACUGCGCAGGGUCCAUCUUUUCACCUUCCUGCAGGUGGUGUGCCUGGCCCUCCUCUGGAUCCUCAAGUCCACCGUGGCUGCUAUCAUAUUCCCUGUCAUGAUCCUGGCCCUUGUAGCAGUCAGAAAAGCCAUGGACUACCUCUUCUCCCAACAUGACUUAAGCUUCCUUGAUGACGUCAUUCCAGAAAAGGACAAGAAAAAGAAAGAGGACGAGAAGAAGAAGAAGAAGAAGAAGGGCAGUAUGGACAGUGACAAUGAUGAUUCUGACUGCCCCUACUCAGAAAAAGUCCCAAGUAUUAAAAUACCAAUGGACAUCAUGGAGCAGGAACCUUUCCUAAGUGAUAGCAAACCUGCUGACAGAGAAAAAUCACCAACAUUCCUUGAACGCCAUACGUCGUGCUGAUGCAAUUCCUUUCCUUCAGUCACACACCAUGCCAAGCCCUCCACAAACUACAGUAAAAGUUGUGCCUCAAAUUAGAAUAGAACUUGGGCCUGAAGACAAUGGUUAUUUCUGGAGGAGCAAGGGAACAGAAACUACUUUGUAAUUUGUCUGUCUGUUAAAUCUUUUCUGGAAUUUAUUUUGCCACUAGCCAAAUACUAAAAUGCUCUCUGCUCCCCACCCUCAAAGGUAAAUG